AUCACAAUUGGGAUUGCCGCCUAACUUCCCUUCUCCAUUUUCGCCUAAAAAAUACAGCGGCAAUCCAAUUUGGUGAAAUUUUUUCCUCAGAUUCACAAUCUCGUGCAAAUUCCUGCCGCUGCCGCCUGCGUACAAGCUCUCCCUCAGCCACUCCUUUAGACGACCAGCAGUAUUCGACCAGAGACCUCUCCCUGCUGUUUCUAGGGAUUCGACGAGGAACAAGAGCUCCGUCCGCCACUCGUUUCCGUGUCUUUCGCUUACUCAAUUCCAGGUAAUUUUCUUUCCCAAAUCAGGUUAUAAUGUUUAAGUUUUUACCCAGUAUGAUAUGAUUUUGGUUAAUUUCCUCAUGAGGGUUUGAGCAUCUAAUCGCUUUUCUGAUUCAAUGAUCCAUAAUAUUUGACUUUGCUUUUGUUUGAAUCCAUUCUGUUUAUAAAGUUUGGUGCAAUUUGUUCAUCAAUUGGGUUUGAAGUUUGAUUCUGUGGCAGCAUUUGUGGCCAUUCCUGAAUGUUUUUUUGUAUUUGUUUGAGCAACCUAAAUACUUCGUAUUUAUGAAAUUACUAGCUUCUGUACUGACUUAAUUCUGGUUUUAAGGUGGCGUAAUACUGGCCAAGUACUUUGUGUUUGGUUUUCAACAUCUGGUUUUGAGGUGGAUGUUUUUUAUUUUGGUUUUGGAAGCUAGGUUUUAGAGGGGAUUGCUUAUUUUUGCUUCUAGGUUAUUUAGGCAGCUAGGUUAUCAACAUUUGUUUAUCUUGGAGAUGCUUAUAGUCCUGGAGAUGCUUAUUUUGGCAGCUAGGUUUUGGUGUUUGGUUUUCAACAUCUGCUUAUUUUGGCAGCUAGGUUUUCAACAUAUUGUGUUUGUUUUGAGCAGCUUGCUUUUGGGGGGAUGCUCUUUGGUUUUCGGGUACUGGUUUUAGGCUUUCAAUUUUAGGCUUUUGGGUUUUAGAAGCUGGCUUUUGGGUGGGCUGGUUUAUGGUUUUAGUUCGAAAACUUAAACGAAGAGCUGGUUUUUAGGCUUGGUGUGCUUGUGUAUAUGUUUUGGGACUUCUGUCACUUAUUCUAACUGCGAUGAGUUGGAGAUGUUAUAGGAGGGGUACAAAUGGGAAUUCUGUCACUUAUAAGUACUGCCGUCCCUCCCGCUGGAAAUCUAUGGUGGACCGGCGUGUUCCCUCUAGAUAGCGUGAAAUCUGCGUAUUUGAUGAAUCAAUGAAGGCAUCAUAAUACACAUUGUAAUUACUAAUGCUCUAUUGCUCUGUUUGGAUUGAUUGGGAUUAACCAACCUCAAAAUGGUAAUUUAUCAAAUUAGGCAUUUACCCCCAAUAAGCCGGAUUGCGAUCUUCCAAAUUCUCCCUAGCACAAAAAACCCAUAAUGAUCAUUUUGUUUUUGAGUAAUUUAACUCAAUUAUAACUGAAGAAAUUAAGAAACUUAAGUUACAAAUAGAAUCAGGUUCCACAACUAUAUCAUCUUUGCUUUGCAUUAAGUUUUCCAUAUGCAGUGACCUUGCAAAUAAACAUCAUUAUGGUGUUGUGGAACAAUUCAUUGGCCAUGGUGUGGGACGGUUUUUUCAUAGUGAUCCAGUUAUUCUACAUUACUGUAACUUUUCUACUCCCUCCGCCCCGCUGGGAAAUUCCAUCUUUGUCUUUUCUAUUCUGUUUUGAAGAUUCUUGUAGGUUGGUACUAUGCAGGUGGGCAUUGAUGUUAGUUGGGCUUCAUAAUUCAAAUCAGGUGAUGAAUUCUGAUGAUCAAGGUGCCAUUUUACUAUCACAUGAAGCGUAUCCAUGUAUGAAUAAUUGGUGAUUUCUUUGACUUAUGCUUCUUGUCACUAGUGAAGUGGAUGCUUCCUAUCUUUUCUACACUGUUCCUAGUUGCUAAGAAAUUUUUUUAUACAACAAACUUUGUUGGUAAAACAGUUUAUUGCUUAUGUCUUUCUCAUGAAUUAACAGGUGAUUACUUUGUUGAAAAUGCUUUAUAAUGCUCUAAAAAGGUGCCCAACCAAAUUGACAAGUUUAUAAUCGACCUUUUUAUACUCAGUCAAAAAUUCUAUUUCAAUGAUAACAUAUAGAGACUGGUAAUUGAACUCUCGUAUUCUUUGUUAUUACUUAAUUGAAUACUAUGUAGAUGAAAUACUUUUUUUGUAGAUGCUUCACAUUGUCCCAUAGUACAAAGAGCGUGCCCUUCAUCAAAUGUCUUUAGGUUCUAAGGUUCUAUAAUGCUUAUAAUUCUCACAAGGAUUAUCAACUAUAACAUGUCUAAACUUCAGGUAUGAUAUAAAGAAGCCAUUUUAUUAUUUCAUUGGUACUGUUUCUGCAAAAAAGGUCUUAUAUCAUGGUAACUGAUACAUACUAAAUUCCCGUUAUACGUGUUGUAUGUAUGACUAGUCUGGCCUUCCACUGAUAUAGAUUAUUUCCACUAUUGCAGGGUAGAGGCAGAAUUAUUACGGAAUUUAUUAGCAAAGUAUUGUCCCCUUCUGCCUCCCCCUCGAUCUACCAUUGCAGCAGCAUUUAGUCCAGACGGGAAAACCCUUGCAUCAACUUAGCAUUAAAUUUUCAGUAUAUGUCCUGGCACACCAAUCACCAGCAAGGUGCACAUUAAAGAUCUCAAAGGGGAAAAACGAUAGAAAGAAAUUAAAGAACGAAAGAAAGAAGUAAGCUUAAAUACUGACGCUUUUCAGGCCAUACUGGCUAAAGGAAAAGCCAACAGAUUAUGAUAAAAGCGGCAGUUUUGGCUCAAUGAAUGGAAUGGAGGUCAGGUUUGGAGUUGGUCAGAGAUGGGUGGUUCGUGAUAAGAGCUAGCCUCAAAACGGACACAGAAGCUAAGGAUGCUUGGCCUCCAUGGUAAGAGGGAGAAAUUUGCAUUGAAGUUUUGUAAUGAAGUGUGCUAUUUCUCUAAGUCUUGCAAUGAAAUCUGCAAAAGAAUCAUAUGACUACUUUAAGGAUACAUGCAGCAUCCACAGCCGCAGCAGCAACCCAUUCUGUUCUCUCCCACCAGAGAAUGUUGCUCUUCAAACUGGAGAUCAUAAAAAGUCCUGAUGAAUAAUACUCAUUGCAGGCAGUGGUUGGUGCAGCAUGCCCUGGAACUUAGCAUUUGGAGUGAAUUUUUUAAUUUCAUAUAUGCUGUUGGACUAGGUUGAGAUCCUGAGCUUAUAUAUAUAGGUGUCAGUAGAGUUAUGAUGUUUUAGUCUUUUUGUACCAACAUAUUUGGAGUAUAUAUAUUAAAGCAUAAUUUUUUUU